UUUACAAGACGGGAACCUUAAAUAAACAAACCGUUUGUUAAUAGACUUGAUAACAUCGAAACCAUAAUUAAUAUAUAAAAAUAUAAUUCUCAGAAAAAGACGAACGUGAAAGUAGUUUCGAAGUUCGCCGCCAUUUUCGAGGAAAGGUGGCACUAAAAACGAGGCAACCAAUCAGUUUAUCAACAGAGGUCACGUGGCUGAAAGGCAGGGACCGACGCUGUAUGUAGGUCACAGGGUGAAAGGGUUGUUAUGGUCAAAUUUAGGGUAUUUUCCUGAAAAUUUGACCACCGAAUGGCGUCUAAGGGUCGGGGGAAUCAAUGAUGGCAAUGGAAUUGAAGUUACACAGUCCAGCCGGGGCGGAACCAGCUGUGUACAAUUGGCCUAUUGCUGAUACGGAAGGAAGGGAUGGUGCUUGUGAAAUCGUUGACACAAUAAGAUGGGUGUGCGAAGACUUUCCAGAGCUGAAGUUGGCUAUGGAAAAGACAGUGGGUAUAAAUGAAUAUGAUACAAAAAGUCGUGAGAGUAUGGUAGAUUUAUGUGAUAGAUAUAAUAGAGCUAUAGAUGGAAUACUUCAACUGUGGAAAGGCAGCACUCGACCAAACCAACCCAAUGCCAAACCAUCCCGGGAUCACUUAAAACACAUCAUUCAACAAUGUUAUAAUAAAGCUGUCAAAGAUCCUGACAAGUUAAAUCAGUAUGAACCUUUUUCUCCAGAGGUAUAUGGAGAGACAUCAUUUGAGCUAGUCGAACAGAUGAUUAAUUACAUCAACUUCAGUGGAACCGAUUAUUUUAUCGAUCUUGGCAGUGGUGUUGGUCAGGUUGUAAUACAGGUAGCAGCUUCAACUAAUUGUAAAUAUUGUUACGGAAUGGAGAAAGCUGAUUAUCCAGCUGACUAUGCUAAGGUAAUGGACAGAGAGUUUAGAAAAUGGAUGAAAUGGUACGGGAAAAAACAUGGAGAUUAUAAGAUAGAGAAAGGAGAUUUUCUGUGUGAUGAAAUGAAAGAGAAAGUCAAUAAUGCUACUGUGAUAUUUGUUAACAACUUUGCUUUUGGACCUCAAGUUGAUCACCAGUUAAAACUACGUUUUUCUAACAUGAAAGAAGGUGCUAAAAUAGUUUCAUCUAAGGCUUACUGCCCUUUAAACUUUAGAAUCACAGACAGAAACCUCAGUGAUAUUGGAUCUAUAAUGCAUGUGGUGGAAUUAUCGCCAUUGUGUGGGGCUGUAUCGUGGACUGGCAAGCCUUUCACAUACUUUGUUCACACUAUAGAUCGAACACUGUUAGAGAAAUAUUUCCAGCGUUUGAAAAAUCCUAAAGCCAAGGAUUUAGAAGAAGUCCGCAAAGACAGACGGGGUCGUGUGAUUAAAGAUAAAUCUAAUAGUGAAGAGAAAGAUAAAGACAAGAAGAAGUUGUCAAAAGAUCACAAUGAUCACACGUAUCAGUCAGCUAAAGUACUGGAUUUUGAUAGCGCAAGUAAUGCUAGCACAGGUACCAACGCUACAGAAGAGAAUGGACCAGUCAACGGAGUUGUCGUUGGCCCAACGACCAGACGGGCGUGGACAGAAUGGGUUACAAAACCUAAAUCAUCAGGAGAAGAUGAAGAAAAUGAAGAAAUGAGAGAUUUAAAGAUAGCGAAGAUACUCAAGAAGAAGAAGAAUACAAGUGCUACCAAAAGACUCAAUGGUGCAUUCAACAAGAAGUCAAAAGAUAAUUCAAGGAAAAAACCAUUCUCUAACUCAAGGAACAAGACGAAAGCCAGAAAUAAAAAUAAGGCUCUGGAUUUGGAUGGACUGAAUUUGCUUCAUACUCAUACAUUGCUUUCAACAUCAGGCAAAGGAAGUAAAGAUUCUCAGAAGUAUAAUGAUAGUCGUAUGACGGGUAAAUCUACCUCGUAUUUUAAAACUACCACGCAACGUCAGACUGUAUCAUCUCUAGAAACACCUCAAACAUUAGAUCAAUUUAUGGAUAAACUCCGUCAACAAUAUAUAACAUUCUUAGCUUACAUGCAGUCUCCAUCUUAUAAAAGCUGUCUUCAACAACAGAUUAUUAAAGAGAGGACUAGAAGAAAAGAUUUAGAAGUAAAAGUAUCUCAGUUAGAAACACAAAUUACAGCUCUUCAAAGAAACAGUAAAACUCUGCUCAAAUCCAGACUCGGGGAUACUGAAGCUAAUAAACAUCGAGACAAGAAAGGCAGCAAGAAGAACGGAAUCGUGCAGCCAUUUUAUACUCAGAGCUACCUUUAUAAAGAGGUAACGGCUUCCAUGGCAACUAAACAUAAACUUCUAGAGCAGGUAUCUCAAUUAGAAGCAGAAGUGAAGAGUUUGGAGAAAAAGAACUCGGAGAUCAGCAAAACUUGGGAGAUUAAACAAACAAAGUCUUAUGCCAAGAAGGCCAAACAAUCUCUGCUUGAGGAAGAUAAAAAUAACAAUCAGGAUAUAUUUAGUUUGACAGUAUUAAAGAAUGAAGUCACAACCGCGUUGCUUAACAACAAACCGGCCAAUGGGAUUCAGCUGAAAACUCUCCCUUGUGAAAAAAUCAAGGAUGGAAUUAAACUGGAAAAAAUUAGCCAACCAGAUCUCUCAAUUAAAAGUUUAUUAGAAAAUACGAAGAGGCCAGUCAACACCUCAAGUUCAACCAUGGUCGAUAAGGGUCGAGAGGUUAUUACAAUGUCUAGUAAUAUCAAAUCGGAAAAGAAAUCCGCAUCUGUGCCAAAUGGUCUCCAUCUUAGUAAAAAGUUAUCACAUUCCAGUGUUGAUAAGAAUAAUAGUCAUGAUCUCAAAGUAGCUGCUAAUGCUUCAGAUGACGCGGAUUCGAAACUGAGGUUAGCUUUAGCAGACGGUCUCAUUCAGUUGAAAACUGGACUUCUGCCGAAAGAUGGAAGCAAUUUCCGACCGGAUUCGCAAAAAGAUUCAGGUUACAAUACCAGUACAUCUAGUCGACCGAGUAGCAGGAGCAGUGGCGACUCGACACCGAAUUCAGAUCUCACACCGAAAACAACAUCAGCGGCUUGUAACGUGUUAAUGACCAAACCACAAAUCAGCCAAUCAGUUAAGUCAACUGAAUCGCAAUCGUUGAAUCAUACAAAUGGCUCUUUUGUAACCAUUAAUUCUCCUGUGUACAAUUAUACGUCCAAAAGCAGCUCCGUGCAGAAAAUUGAUACACAACCGGCGUUGUUAAAUGGUACUGUUAAAGGACAUACUCCGUUGAUAUUAGCUAAGAAUAAAGAGAGUCUAAACAGUGCCAUUGUAAAACAAUUACAAAAUCAGUGCUAUUCGUCAGGAUCAAAAACUGUUAAUCCAACCAUCGUGAAGCCUGUCGUGGUUGAAACGAAUAAAAAGGGGAGCAAACAAUUAACAAAAAUAACGACGUCACCUCAAUCUCGACGUGCAGCCAAUAAAAAUAAAGAACCAGCCUCAAAACCAGUUACAGGGCAGACGACAACCGCAAGUGCGGGACGAUCCAGUAAUCUUCAGACAAUAAAUCUGACGAAUAUUCAACCGAACUAUGUUAUACAAGGGAAUGCGAUAGGUGCGGUACAACAAGUUACUCAGGCUACAUAUCAACAACAACCACCUCGAGGUGAUAAAGGCCGAAAAUCUGGUACCACAAAUAAUUGGCAAGCGCAGAUCAGCAGUGGUUUUGAUGCCCUUGUAGCAUUUGCAUCCUCGGAGCUCGACCGUAAUAGAGAGAUGAAAAGAAAGGGCAUAGACGAAGUUGAUUCAAUGAGUACUCCUUCACCAAAACGACCACCAAGUGUGAAAAUGGAUAAAAAGAAAGAACUCGCCAAAACUGUGACAAGUUCUCCGAAAUAUUUACGACGCAAUGGUUCGCCAUCUAUGAGUAGUGUAUCUUCACUGAGUAGUAAUACAUCAAGAAACUCUCAGGGACCACGUACUCCUCCCGGAUCACCGCCUACCAAUAAAAGAGGACCAUGUACCCCGCCUGGUUCACCUGUAAGAUCACCACGCAAUUCACGACCAACGAGUCGUGCAAAGUCGAGUCGCUCACAUUCUUCAAGUUCAUCAAGAAGUCGUUCGUCGAGCAGUUCGUCGUGUACAAGCAGUAGUAGUAUGGAUAGUUCAAGUGACAGUAGUGUUGAACGCCGGAAAAGUAGUGACAGAUAUAAGACGAAAACUUUGUUAACGUCUGAGUCUCCAUUGGUCAAAUCAUACACAGACGCUAAAAACAAUGGUGGAAAUGUGCGUGUGAUCAAUAAUACUAAUUUAAAUGGCGGUGGGGUCAUGGUGGUUACAAAUAACAAUAGUAUAGCCAAUCAUGGACUAGGUAAUGUACCCCCGCCGCCGCUGCCACCUAUACAGAUAACGGCACCGUUGUUUCCACCGUUAGAAAUUACACAAAAGAAUAACGUAUGUGAUAAGGCAUCAGUCAAUAAUGCUCCACACCCUAGUGUAAUGUAUCAACAAAUGCCUCAGGGAUAUAAUGCAGCCCAUCCACAUGAUAAUGUCCCGAUGCGACCAUCUAAUCCACCACCACUGGGACAUUUCAUAAACAAUAAUCACGGGCCAACAGUGGCUCAAAAUAACAUUAGGUUACCGUUUGCUAAGAUGCCAGGGAGAGCCAGUAUGCCAGACCUAACACGUCCCCCACCAACUAACUUCCCUCCUAAUCUCAAUAACCCACCACAUCCUGUCUCUAUGCCCAAUCUGAGUCCCCAAAUUAACAUCCAACAACCACCUCCCUCGAACACAUCUGCUCCCAUGUACAACAAUAAUCCCAACCACCAAUGUUUCACGCCCUCACCAACACCAUCCCCUGCACCACCACUUCUUCCACCAAUGAAUCAACCACCUCCCAGUUGCACUCCACGUUUAUCCGUUACGCCCCAGAAUCCUCUACCAGACAUGCCCAUGCACGAUAUGGAACCCCAACGCAUGAAGAAUGACAUGCGACCAGGUCCCUAUAUCCGACCAUUGAUGGCCAUUAACACUAAUCACAAUGAUAUUCCUUCAUCUACAGUGAGGCCACCAAUGAAUUAUCCUGACCAAUCAAAUUAUCACCGUCCACCAGGGCCGGUAAAUGGUCAACAAAGCCGACCAUAUUUGGGCAACAGACAAGAUUAUGGUCAUGGUGUACGAUCUAAUGGCAUGAGGCAAGAUUUCAAUGUUAGACCAGAAAUGAAGGGACCUCGAACGAAGGGAAUUCGGGGAGAAUUUAAUGGAACGAGGAUCUAUUUUCCAUGUAUGAACAUGCCAGGAGGAAAUGCUAUGAACUCGAACCCAAAUAUAAGAAUACAGUACAACCACAACAUGACAGGCAAUAAUAAUGGCGGCAAUUGGAGAAAUUAUAAUGGUGGUGCAGGUGGCAUGGGCAGACAUUAAUAUUUAGGUUAUGCAUUCGUAGUUGUUUUAAAUAAUACAGCUCAACAACAACAACAACAACAACAGCAACAACAUAAAUAAAUAAACAACAACAACAAAUAAAGAUGGUGGCUGAUAAGUAUUAAACAAAUUGAUGACCAGGAUGUUAAAAUGGCAGCAGACUCGAAGAUCAGGGCUCGACGACACAAAAUGAUCCCAAUUUUUAUAACUUUACUUUAUAUAUUUUCCAUCGUAAUUUAUACUGUAAAGAUAUUUAUAUCAUGAUAUAUAAUAUAUGUAAUAUAAUAACAAUUAGGCCUAGAAAUACCUACCAUUUUAUUUCAACUUUAUAAAGUUACUGGUGGACAUAAUUGAAUUUUAAAACAAAAACACCAAAAAUAUGAAAUUUUGUUCCUGACAAGAGCCAGUAUUGUGUCUGACUGAAUGUUAGACAGACAUUGCCAAUGACAAUUGGUUUAUUUCCAGGCUUGAUGAUAAAACAUUGUGAAUUAAAUUUUGAUCAUAUAGUUUUGUUUCUGUUGAGAAAAGUACACUGUUAAAACUCCACACAUUUAGUUUACUCUUUUGUUUCAACCAAGAAAAAAAAUUGACAUUUUUGAAGUUUGAAGACAAGAGGGGCAGACAACUGGAUUACAAAAUUAUCAAUAUAUACUGUAGGAUACUGUAGAUUUAGUCCAAAUUAAAUUUGUAAUUUAUUGUAUCGAGAUUAUCAUUAGGUUAAUUCUAGAGAUAUAAGAUAAAUGUUGUUGAGAUGAUGUUAUUCAGGGCCCUGUUCUUGAAAUCUUAACUAAAGAUAAAAUCCAUAUUUCAGUAGAUAAUUCAAUUUUGAUUGGCUAAGCACUAAAAUCAAUCUAAUAUUAUGCAAUCAAAUUACUAAAAUUUGGAUUUUAUCUUAGUGAAAAUUUCGUGAAACAGCCCCCAAGACUUAUGUGACCCAUGGUAGCAAAAUGAUCCAGAAAUAACAAAUCUAUUACGAAAUGAACAAAAAUGUUAAAAUAGGCUAAAACUAUGCUUUUAACGAUUUAACACGAAAAGCAGAAAUGUAGAUUUGACAAAUUAAGCAAACCAAACUUUGUUAGCCUGCUUCGACAUUUUGUUCAUCUAUUAUUAUCGUAAACAAUGAGUUGUGACUUUCGACUCAUUUUACAGUGAUGGAUCACAUAUGAUAAAUGGUACGUCUACCUACGUAGUGGAUCACUACAUGAUGUUUGGCUUUGUAAAUAAAGUAUUUUAUCUUGAAUCACCUCUGCACAUGCUUAAAGUCACUGAUCGUCUUUUGCAUUUUUCCAGACAACAUCCAAUUUUUUUACGGCUUAAUCCAUGCUAAGAUGAACUUAAAUUGAUUAUUUAACAUUUAAUUAAAUUGGAUUAAAAAGAGGCCCAUCAAAAGAUUUCAUGAAAAUUAUAGGUGGCGCUGUCUGGUUUUGACAAUAUCCAAUGACUAGCGUUUGACUCGAAAUAGCACGAUGACGGGAAGUAGCAUAACUCCAAAACCGGAUGUGGUGAUCCAUCGCCACCCUAUCUAUGUUACUCCCUGGUCCGAGCUAUCAGUCUUGGGACAACCCUAGUAUGGAUAGUAUAUUAAUAUAGAUAUGUCUUCUGCAGUGGAUGCCGAAUAUUAACAACAAAUAUUCAAUUCAUCUUUGUAAAUACUGAACUGAAUUUAACCAAUUUUGGACUGAUAUUUUUUUAGAGAUUAGACUUUUACAAUAUUGUAUUUUAAAAGCCAAUUAACGAUCAGAGACUGUAAUAUCAAUCUUAAAUCACCUCCGCACACACAUACCAUAAUAUCAAUCAAUGGUUGUAAAGCUGAUUAAACUGAGUUUCUUUAUUUUUUACUGUAAGAUAAUUUGAUUUAUAUUUCUAGUAUUUACAAUCAGUGGCAUGCAGAGUGGGUGGGGCAGAUGGGACGACGCCCCUGAACUUCCAUUUCAGGAGGCAUACAAUCAAGGAAUUGGCCCCAGGCAACACCAAACCUCUGCAAGCCACUGUUUAUAAUCGUUUCCACCGCCAUCUUGUUUUUAUAAUGGAGUUACAUGUAGAUAUUGAUCAUCAAGUUGCUGCCUAUUUAUAUAUCUAUCUAUCUAUCUAUAAUAGUUGUGAAAUCCCCAUGGUCACCAUAACAAACUGACCGUAUAUACCACCUACCUCAUUCUAAACGUUAAAUGUGUCAGGAUAAAAGAAAUAACGAAACAACCCCCCCAUUACAACGUGGGUGAUAUUAUAGUCGAUGUCUAUUUUCCGAUCGGUUGAAGAGGUUGAAUAUUUCCAUACACAGAGUUAAACACCACAUGAUUUGGGGUUAGAGUUGCCUAGGCUUUCACCUAUGCAUCAAUUUAGGGUAUGGCUACAAACAAAUUCACUUUCAACACUCAAGGGCUUUCCUCAUGAGCCUCAUUUCCCUUAUUACCCUGCGAUACACUGCACUAUGAAAAAAUAUAAUACCCUGUCCGUUACAUUAGCAUUAAGGGUAGUUAACCUGUACUCCAAACCCAUAAUUCCCUAGAGAAGAAUUUUCUGUUUGGGAAUUGACCUCCCCAGAUGGCCAGUAAAUCAGGAGGUCAAAAAAAUUAACCAUACAUUGAGAUAAACAUGGCAAGGGUCAGUGUCAGGGGUAGGUAAUCAUAACCCCGACCCAGACUUCACGAAAGAUGAUUUUUCCGUAUGGAAUUGACCUCCCCAUGACCAACCGAUCUGAAAAUAGACAACAUCGAUAUUAUAGCUGAUGUAAGAUGUUCAUCAAAAUCCUCUGCUCUUUAGUUAUAAAGAGACUGGAUAAUCUUGACUCAGGGGUAAAAGAUGAGAUCAUCAAGUAACUUGAAACUUGGAAAGGGGAAGGCUUUAGAUCAACUCAUGUAAUAACAUCUAUGAAAGACAAACCAUAAAUUAAUGCUUUUGUUGUUGUCGAUUGAUGGGCACUGAAAUCCUAGAAUAGAGGGUAUGAAUAAUCUACAACACUCGAGGAUAAACUUGAUAUUAAGGCCACCUGCAGAUUUCGUCAAGGUCGCAAGAUGUAAAUAGGGUUAGGCACAUGCUUGUUGACAAGAUUGUGGGUUAGGGUUAGUGCUAGCUUUGUUUACAUCUCGUAACCUUGACGAAAUCUGCAAGUGGCCUUAAUAUUUAGACCUAACUGUACUAGUGUAUUACUGACAGACAUUUUAUCAGGUAUAACUGAAAUCAUCAUUUUCAGGCAGGUACAUAGUAUGGUUUGUCAUUCUGAAAUGUUAAUGUAUGCUUCAGUCGUGGACUGUGUUUUGUUAUGUAUAUUUUCAAGGUGAUGACCAUCAAAAUAAUAGAUCUCUUGCCAUACACAUCUUUAAAGUGAUCAUACAUGUAUCUCAUCAUGUUGAUCCGUUCCUUUAUUAUAUACCAGUUCUCAUACACUCUGGUCUCUGAAAAAAAAACAACAACCACUCCAUUUGUCUUUCUGAUUGAAGAUGUAUUAUCUAAGAGCUAAAUCUGCAUAUUGCAGGUCUUUUUACUGGCUUCAAAUGUUAUAUAAAUUAUUUUCUAAACAUUUAUUCACAUGAAAAGACCAUAAUCAACUCUCUUAUCUAUGUGCAUGUCCAACAUGCACACACGAUCUUAUUUUCAUGUCCCAUCCGAACAACUAGAUGCUGUCCACUGGGCUAAUGAGUAAUUCUGGUAUAUUUUAAAGGAACAUACUGAUGUGAUAAUGAUUUUUGUUUUUUUAAGUAUUAUCAACUGCUUAAAACUGGAAAGUCUUUUGUAAAUAUUAAAGCUAUAAUUUAAAUGUCUGUUAAUGGUAACUCAUUUACUGUAAAAUAUUUCCCUUAGUUAUAAUUUUUCAGAUGCAAAGAAUGAGUAUCCAUUGUUAUGGAAGCAUUUGAGUAGAUGCUUGAUUAGUCAAAUACACUUCCUAUAGUGUAAAAUAUUUCUGUUAGUAAUAAUCUUUCAGACGCAAAGGAUUUUGUACAUUUAGAAAAGUGGUCUGUCCGUUGUCAGGAGACAUGAGAGAAGAUGAUUGAUUUGUCAAGUUCACUUCCUUUCACAAUAGGAGGGUGCAUUCCAUUGACUGUUGUUAGUUGCUAUGACAUCAGAAAGAUAACUGAUGUGUUGACAACCUGUAAUUGUUAGAGUAGUUGAGACCAUAUAUAGAAUUUAUAGUAGUAUAUUAUGUAUUUUUAGCAAUACAGAUCUACAGUUCUAUUAAUAAAUAUAUUAUGGAAAUGUUGAUAAAAAUUAAGACUGUAAAUAGAUUAAUUAAUGCAUGGUUACCGUAGAAUUCACAGAGCUCAGAUGUUAUUGUUCCUUGGGCCAUGUUAAUGCACAGUUACUGUAGAACUUAAUUCAAAGAGCUCAGAUAUUUUUGUUCCUUGGGCCAUGUUAAUGCACGGUUACUAUAGAACUUAAUUCAAAGAGCUCAGAUGUUUUUGUUCCUUGGGCGAUGUAAAUGAGAUCUUGAAUGAUUUAUAUGUAUAAUGUACUAUGACUGAAAGAAAUCGGCCAUCUUUGAAAACUGGUGUUCUUAAAAUUAGAAUUGAUUUAAGGUUUUUGUAAAUAGGGUUCCAGAUCUCAAAAUCUUAUAAAUGGCACUAUUCAAUUAUUGCACGUUUCUUGAAAAUGGCAAAUAAAAUUAUCAAAGUAAAAAAAUGUAAAUUAUAGUGCCUAAUCUGAAAUUAUUUUAUAAGAUAAAAAAAAGAUGUUAUGUAAAAAAAAAAAAAUUGAUUGUUAUGAUCUUGUUAGGGCUUUUAGAAUUGUUACUUUUGGCAGACGAAAUUAAUCAUCGAAUUUGGGUAAUGAAUGAAAUUUGUUUUGAGAUUGAAAUGAAUUUAUUAAUUGAGGUAAAAUGUAGAUUGUUAAUGUGACAUGAAAUGGCAAGUCAUGGUUAUAAUAUCAAAAUAUAUCAGGUUUAUGAGGUUAAUUCCCCGUCAAGCUAUUGUGAUUUUUGUGUACGAUUGAUCACAAUGACACACAAUUUCACAAUCUAGAACGUAGUAUGACAGGGGAAAAUUGUAGGAUGAGGGUGAAAGUUUUAAGCAUGCCGAUAAUUUAAGAUCAAACUAGAAUGAUCUUGAAGCUCCACAGUUGUCCAGAAAAUAACAAUACUUUGACGGGGAUUUUAUUUAUUUAUGUAAGUGCCAUUAAAACAUUCCUAAUAUGACACUGCCGCUAUUUACAUCACUUCACACAACAACAAAUGUGGAGUUUUUUUUAUUUUAAACAUUUUAGAUUGUGAUUUAUCAAUUAUUAAUAGGGCUGUUCCAGGAAAAUGUUUCAUAGUUUGAAUUUUAUAAAUCUUAUCUGGAAACUGUGAAUCGUUAAUGCGCAUUCUUUAUCACCUUGAUCGUAGAGCACCUCACAGACAACAGUCAAUAUGUUAGGUUAAAUAUUUGAAACAAACUAACUUUAGCAAAAUAACUUAUGUAAUUUUCCUAUGUCCUUAGUUAAUUGUAGACUGGAAGACAUUGACUAUCAUUCAUUUCAUGCUUCUGGUACCUAAUAGCUUCCUGUUAUAUUCUAAUAUGAAGCAUUGGUGAAUCUACCAGUAGGUAUGAGAAAGACAUUUCAUAGAAGUACAUGUUUUGCUACCUAUAUAUACUGCUACCGUUCAUUCUUCGAGCUUAACGUCCGCUUCCACCAAGUGUGAUAUCGCAGACAACCUGCUACUUGUAACCGUGGUUUAGUAUAGUUUAAAGUUUUCUGCAACAGCCCUGUGUAUAUAUUAUAUCUAUAUUUAUUGCAUCAUUUCACAUCACUAUUAAAAUAGGUUUUUUACUUAUAAAUGUUUGAGAAGGGAAAUUUUUAGUUUUAAAACUAUAGAGUGCAUGCCUUGUAACUUUCGUAUCACACAUCACUAUACAUCACUAUUAAAAUAGUUUAUUACAUGAUAAAUUUUUAAAUAUAAAUGUAUAGAAUGCAUGCAAUGUACCUGUGUAGUAUAUUCCAUGUGUAUUGGACAUUUUAUUGUAGAAAGUAUAUUAAAAAGAGCCGUAUUAAGCACCUAGAUGCGCUGCGAUUCUCAUUAAAUCUAUAAAACAUGUACUAUAUCAUUAUGACUAUUGUGUAUGAUUUCAUUCUAUAUCAUUGCAAUCUACUCUGCCAUUAUAUUGAAUCUAUGCUUGGGGGUUUAUAGAGUCCCAUUUUGUUAUUAAAAAUAAAAACAAAUAUAGAACCAUAGAUAGUGUGUUAUUGUAUGUGUGUAAGUAUUACAUAAGAUUUCUAAUUAAAACUUGUUGUGUGGUAUUUGCAUGGAAUCAAGUAAUUAAAGAUACAAUAUAAUUUAUAAUAACUUUGUAAAUACUGGUAAGGUAAAUAUUAUUUUUAUUCUCUAAAUUAUUAAAGAUUUUUUUCCUCUAUUACAACUAUCUAAAUAAAUAAACAAUGUUUUGAAGAUGUCUCUUUUCUAUGAAUUUUCUUUCCAUUUCCUAGCUUGGAAAUGGUUCAUGAAUGCAUUACAAUAGGUUGAGGGUUUGAGAGGUCAUUUUACGUUUAAAUAAAUGUAUGUAUUGUGCGAAUUGGAAUUUAUCAUUUAAAGAAAUCAUUAAAUUGAAAUUAUUAGCAUACGAGUACAACCAUCAAUAAGUGUGUGUAUUGUUGAAACUGGUUUUUAUAAUUAAGCAAAUCGUUAAAUAAAUUAAAUUUAUUACCAUCCAUCAUUGAAUGUUUAAUGUAGGUAAAUUAAGAGUGCAAGUAAUAUAUGCCAUCUUCAUAAUGUCAUGGGUCACAAACAUGCAUGUCUUUUACCUCCACUGUAGUAGCUAAAUUGUUGUCUGCUAGGAUAAAAAAAUAUUCUUAUGGAAAAAUUAAAGUCAAUUUGGGUUGGGUGGUCUACAAAUCAUUAGGUCUGUCCCAUGCAUGUAUGUGGCAAGUAGUAGAGCCUCAUGUCCUCAAUGCAUGUGACAUGAGUUCAGUCACAUGCUUGAAUGAGACAAGUAGCAGGGUCUUGUGUCCUCGGGAGUUGAGUACCAUGCUUUUAUGUGACAGAUAGUAUGGUCUCAUGUCCUCAAUGCAAGUGCCGUGAGUUCAAUCCCAUGCUUUUAGGGUCACAUUCUUCUUUUUCCUCCCACAGGAAAGUAUACUGUCUGUUACCCUUGGAUUGAAGUGCCCAGCCAAUCAAACAGCUGCAUUCAGAAAACUUAUUUUUCAUAGUACAACAAACUUAGCUAAUGCAGUGAAAGUAUCGGACACGACUUGACCUUAUUAAGAUGUAAAAGACAUGAACAACUAUAAAUAAUACGUGUUUAUUAAAAUUACAAAAAAAAAAGAAUUCAUUUUCUUAGUUUUUAUAAUGAUUUUUAAUAUGAAGACAUUCAAUUAAUUAAUUAUUUUCUUAAUGAACUUUUUAUUUUGUGUGAAUAUUUAUUUAUUAAUUAUAAUGUUGUAAAAUAUGAAAUAUUAGAUGAUAUAUUUAGAAAGUGUUACUAUAGGUAUGUAAUAUAGAAAUAGUGGUUAUUGGCUAGUUGAAUGUUUAACUUAAAAAGUUGUACAGGUAUCGAUAUGGAGGUUUGACCUGAAACUUUUUACCUGAUAGAAGCUGUUACAUCAGAGCGUCGCUAUAAGGCCAGUUUCGGUAUAAGACAGUUGUCAACAUGGCUCCCAACAGUGAUAUAAUGAAGCCCUAUUGUAAUAUAUAAGGGGGCGACACAACACUGGCAGCAGUCUUUAAAUAGGGGUAAUAAAAAUUUUCUGCAAGGCCACUGUCAGUAUAAGACAGUUGUCAAAAUGGCUUCUAGUGAUGCCCUAAUUCAUGACACACUGGUAGCAGAUGCAACAUUUCUUGACUUGUGUUAUUAGCUCUAUUCUUGGAUUAGAGCUAAUAAAACAAGUCAAGAAAUGUUGCAGAAUCUGAAAGUUUUACCACCAAGUUCUUGAAUGAUGACGUGGGCUAAUGGAUACCGCCUUCGUCAUUUAGACCUCGUUAGGAGAAUUCAAAUCUUAAAAGUUUAAGGGCUAUGAUCCUAAAAGCUAACUUGGGUAUCUCCUUCUGAUUUAACCUUGCCCUGGGAAAAUAAUAAUCUAAAAGUUUUAGGGCUGUGGUCCUGAAUGCUGACUUGGGAUAGUCCUUGUGGGUGGAUAAUUCCUGUAUGGGAAGUAUGAAUGUACAUAAAAGUAAAUUAUAUUGUAAGUUGUCACCACGGUAAAUAUGAUGUCCUGGUUGAAAUGGUUUAUGUAUAUUGUUUGAUGGUUUUCAGAGUUGUAAUUUCUAUGUAAUUUAUCAAUGGGGUUUUUAUCAAGUAUUUUAGAGUUUUCAUGCUUGUAAAACAGUCAUGAUAAAAAAUUAUUAUAUGACA